AUGGGCACUCUGCCGGAAGAACGUGUUCUAAAACCUCUCGAUCCUCCCCCGGACGAUGUCAACGAAUGGCCAGACUUUGCGCUACGAGAAGCAAAGAUCUUCUACCAGGGCAAAGGCCGAUAUGCAGAUCUGCUCCAGGCUUCGGACGAGACACCCUUGUGCGUUGUAGGCGAAUUAAUGCCAUUAGACGACGAGCAGGAGCAUCUAGCUUUAACAGAAGAUCCCACACACGCAAGAAUAAAGAUAGACAAUGUUACAAAUUACAGUUUUGGACAAGAUGACAACGGCAAGCCAGUCAUCUGGGCUGCGGGAAAAGCAGGCUGGUACGAGAUAUCGCCCUCCGACCGCUACCUGAGUCACUAUAACGAUACGGUCGAAGCUAUCGACCUCUUCUACUUUAUGGUGGAUCAGCACAAGAAGCUGCCACGGAAGCAACAGCGGUUCGGCUUCAAGAUAGAUCCCUUUCUCGCAGAUUACCAGAAGCACACCGACUACAGGAUUGACGACGACGACGAAGCCAUGGAGACGAUCCACAAGCACCACCGGUUUCUGCUCAGGCAGAUGAUAGAGGAGCGAGAAGAGAUUGACUGGUCCCAAACAUAUCUUUGGAAGCACUUGGCCGAAACAUAUGCCGACGAGCUGGAAGAAUUAAAAGUCACCCUAGCGCGUCUGAAUCAGGCAGACCAACGUCUGGAGGAGUCGUCCGAGUCGUCCGAGUCAUCAUCAACGUCAACGUCAUCGUCAUCGUCGUCUGGAGAAGAGGAAGAGGGAGAGUCAGAGGAGCAGCAUGCAUUGCGGAUCGAUGCAACCAAAACAUCAGAUGACUCCGACGAAGACUCUAGUGAAGACGAAUCCGCAGACGCUUCCGAAACAGCCAGCAGUGGUUUAGGGGACGACAAACCUGAGCCGAUUGACUGGACCAGACCGAUCUGGGACAUGCUCAACAUACUCCGUAAAUCUGCCAACUUCAACAUGCGUCACUGCGGCAUCGACCAAGCCGCCUCAGAACUCGAAAAACUCCCCACGUUUCAAGGUAGCCAUUCAGACGCAGUGGCGGCCUUCGAACGCUCAGCAGGACCGCUGCUGAAACUUAUGAACGAGGCCAAAUUGCGCAAGAAAUUCAAUUGGUCCACCCGGAGAAUCUACGACGAAUUGGAAGCCACGCUCGCGGACGAGGUGGCCGAGGAGACGAUCAAGACGCCGGGUAAACCGGGGAACAGAGAGAAACAACGACAUCGGAUGAAGUCCGUGCUGCGGCCCAGUGGGGCCAGCAAGUCACACAAACGUGCUAGAGGCACGGUGGAUGAGGAUGAAGACGAAGAGAUGGAGGACGUGGCGGUCUCGUCCCCCGUCGCUCGACGUCAAGGUGCUGCUGCGCUUUCCGCGAGGGUCAGGGAAGCCACGCUGGACUCGGAGGCGAGUCGCGAAGACAGUCCGAGUCGACAGCUCAACGGGCAUUUCGACCCGUAUGCAUUGCCGGAGUUGCCGCCUGGGCCAGAGGCGCAAGAAAUGCUCGACCUGGUGGCCCAAGAGGCCAAGCGAGUCGGUCGGCAGAACCAGACGGGCCAUCUUAAGGAGUUCCUGGGCCAGUGGGUGGUCUAG